AUACACGGGUUAUUAUUUCAACAUAAAACACAUCUUUUCCGUCAUUUAAGACUGAAUUAAAUUACGCUACUGACUUUUGCGGUCUACACUAACAGGAGCUUCCUGUGACACAGCGCAGGGAGCUCUUCCAGGUCGCAAAGCGAAGUGCCGAGGGGAUCAAUGUUUACAAUUGCGUAGCACAGCCGCUGGUGUUACAAACGGUGGGUAACAGGUUAAGAAAUUGGGCUCCGAAUAAUAAAUGAACGAGAGCGGGAAAUCCAGCAAUGCUGUUGAAAACAGAAAGAACGCUGCACUUGAAAAGCUCCCGGGGAAAGACCGUUCGAGUGGUCCGGGAGCACUAUCUGAGGGAGCACGUCCCUUGCUUUAGUUCCCUGUGUCAGGCUUCAUGUCGGAAUGAUGGCAAGCUUCUCCCAGGUAACGUGACCCAUUACAUCGUCCCGGACUGGAAAGUGGUGCAGGACUUCCUGGAGAUUCUGGAGUUUCCAGCGCUGAGGGGCGUGAUCUUUACGCAGACCGCCUGCCAAACAGUCCAGCAUCACAAAGGGCGAAAGCAAUACAACCGGCUGCGUAGUUUGCUAAAGGAUGCCCGUCACGAGUGCAUUAUGUUCUCAAAUGAAUUCCAGAGGUAUUCCUACUGCCCCCGGGAAAAAGGAGAGGCUAUGGAGAAGUGGCAGACCAGAUGCAUUUACUACGCUGCAGUGUGGUACUACCACCACCUAGCGGGACAGAAACCUUUGGUUGUAAUAACAGAAGACCAGGAUGCCAUUGAAAAAUACGGGAUUGAAAAUAAAGAUAUCUACGUCAUAUCUGUUAAGGACUACCUGGAGGGUUUCUGGCCAGACCUGAAGGCUGCCCACGAGCUGUACGAAUCACUUGUCCAGUCUCUGCGGGAGCGGGAGAGCGAGAGUCAGGAGAAGGAGUAUGCAGAACACCUGCCUAUGGAGAUCCUGGAGGCAGGGAUCAAGUCUGGGCGAUACAUCCAGGUCAGACCUGCAGUGCUUUCCUACCUCUGCAUACAGUCAGAAAAAUCCACAGUGCUGCAAGAAGGCUCCCUCUAGUGGCUGAUAACUUAUACUAACUGUGGAACCCUGUUUUAUGGCAUGCCUGGUGUUUAAGGAUCAAUUCACAACACC